AUGCUCAUCCGCUCAGCGCGACAGAUACCGCCGUCGCUCUUCGUCCUGCUUGUCUUCCUCGUCUUCCUAGGAUGGCAACUCAGUCAAGGUCCGAGCCAUGAAGAGCCUCCACCCCCGCCGCCUCCUCCGGCCAAAGGAGAUAAUAGGCCGUCACGGAUCGCCGUCGUGACGUUUGUUACAGAUCAGAGAUCUUAUCUCCAUCUCUCGCUCAAGAACAAAGACCACACAAUAGACUACUCACGACGUCACGGCUACGACUUCAUCACCGACUUCGAAGCGCACUCCGAGCCGCGCAGCCCUGUAUACUGGAAGUUCGACAUGGUAGAGCGGCUGGUCAAAACCAACAAAUACGACUGGAUAUGGUGGCUAGACUUCGACACACUCAUCACUGACACCGGAGUCGCAGUCGCCGACGUAGUCAGAGACGAGCUAGAAAAAGCCGAGAAUGCGAAUGAGGUCGACUACAUCUUCACACACGACUGCAACGGCCUGAAUCUCGGAUCCUUCCUCGUGCGCGCGCACGACCGAUCGCUCGAAUUCGUCCGUCGCGCACUCCAAAUACGUGACGAAGCUGAGAAGAGUGACGACAGCAAGAGCUAUAGCGAGCAAGACGCCAUGGUGCAACUGCUCAAAGAGCAACCAUAUGUCAGCAGACACGUCGUGGCGCCGCAGUCAAGGCUAAACGCCUUUCCAAAGGACAUACCCUGUUUCGAGAACGAAGAGGGCGAGUGGAAGCCGGGCAAGUUCGUCCUGCAUUUUGCGGGCGCGUGGGCUCAUGUUAAGGGUGAAGAUCCCACCGGCCAGCUCAUGAAGAAGUAUGAACGAGACAUCAUAUGGGGCAACUGGAAGGAAUUCUAUUAA